CAGCUGUUUUGCCAUGCCAUCGUUUGCCGGCUAACAGUAAUAUUUCUAAAUUGCUCCCGUGUUGUUUGUUUUACUCCAAAAUGAAAAUUAAGACAUGUUUUUGGCUGUUUCUGAUCACUUAUUCCGUUGUAACGUGUGUACUGUUUCACUUAAUAUACCGCAUUUCGAAACUGGUUGUGGAUGAGGAAUUUCACCUCCGACAAGGAGAAAAUUACUGUCUUUGGAAAUUCGAUGUGUGGGAUCCAAAAAUCACUACUUUUCCAGGACUUUAUCUGAUUUCUGCAUUGCUACUCGGCCCGUUUAAAUUCUGCACAACCUACGCGCUACGAUUAACAUCGGUGCUUGCUUCAAUUGCCAACGUUUGUUUUAUAUUCGCAAUCCGGAGGAAAGUUACCGGGAACUAUGCCGAAUCAUAUGUUCUACUUGAGUCUGCUUCGUUAGCGCUAUUGCCUCCGUUGUAUUUCUUUUCGCACCUUUAUUAUACGGAUGUUUUAUCGGUGACGAUGGUAUUGGCUAUGAUUUAUUUUGCCAUGCAAGCCAAAAACAAUUGGGGAGCUUUGAUGGCUUCUCUUGCUGUAUUGAUGCGUCAAACUAACAUCGUCUGGGUCGGUUUUGUGUUGGGUUCACAGAUGAUUGACUUGGCUUUAAGGCUGACACUGUCCAAGAAAAAGAAUCGAUACCGCUUACCGGAUUUAUUCCAUGCAAUUACUGUUCUGAUUCGAUCGCCCAGCUUGGCAGUAGAGUUGCUACAAGAGUCAUGUGAACUCUUCUACGGCUACAUAUUGGUGAUUAUGGCGUUUAUUGACUUCCUAUAUUGGAACGGUUCUAUCGUCGUCGGGGACAAAACGGCCCAUGUAGCAGCAGCUCAUAUACCACAAGUGUUCUAUUUUUGUUUGUUUUUUGCAAUGUUCAGUUGUUCUCAACUACUAACAGCUUCCAGGCAACUAGUUCGGUUUGCCUUCAAACGAUGGUACAUUUCUGUAGGUUGCAUAGUCUUGUUUGCUUAUAUUAUCAAGCAAAACACAAUAGUUCAUCCCUAUCUAUUGGCUGACAAUCGCCAUUACACGUUCUAUGUGUGGAACCGUUUCUAUGGUCGCUGGUGGUUCGCUCGGUACUUACCUAUUCCGGUGUACUACCUCAUUGUGGUGCUUUUCGGAUUCAGUUUGUUUGGUGGACGAAAACCAACCGUGGGAUAUAGUGUGCUAUGGAUAGCAGCCACCCUCGCAUCGGUUGCACUUCAACAACUAAUCGAAGUGCGAUAUUUCUUUUUGCCAUUUUUGGUUCUUCGACUGAUGCAAACCAAUAUACGUCCAUCAAGCAAGACGUUCGUCUUAGAAUUAGCGAUAAACGUUAUAAUUAAUGCGGCUGCACUGUAUAUGUUUUGUACCAAAGAAUUCUACUGGAGUGAUUACCCACAGCCUCAACGAAUUAUAUGGUAGCAGCACAGUUGCUGGUUUAGAUCAUUGAUCGCUGAUACGAUGGUAUUCGAUUCGCAAACUUAGAUAUGAAACAAUCGGGUGUACGGUGGGCGCACCGUAGGCCAUAUAGCGAUAAAUUGAUCCUCAAUAAUGGUUAACGAUGAAAGAUAACGCCAUACCAAGCAGGAAAAAUAUCAACAUCCAAAGAAUCUGAUAUUUAAAGGUAUGUAAAAGGAGAUUGAUUAAAAAA